GGGCUGUAAGUCGAAGGGGUUAUCGACGGAGAUACCUUUUAAAAACUAUUUAAGAUAAGCGUACACUUAACGAGCAAAGAACAUAGAGUACCUUUGUUUAUUAUCCGAAACCAACAAGUAUUACCUCAAUAUCUACCGCUUAAUUAAGCAGAAUUCAUCAUUAUCGUUUAUACCAAUGUCUUCGAAGCAGCUACACAUUGGCGUUUUCAUGCCCUCAAGCGUGCAACUACUCGAUCUGGCAACUGUCGAUGUUCUCGCCUCAAUGUCCAAGGAAUACCUUCGCCUCCUUCCUCUCCCCGCACACAUUAGUGAAAUAGCACCCAGCACAAAGAUUACCUAUAUUACAUCGCCCAAGUUGUUUCCAACCGUAAACUUAACUGCAGAUCUAUCCGUCCGUGCAUCACACACGUACGAAGAUGAUGACGUUAGUCCCGGCAAACUUGACAUUAUCGUCGUGCCUGGUACAGAUCCAGCGGACGAAUUUGAAGAGGCAUCGACAAAGUGGCUAAGAGACCAUUUCAACACCGUGGGCGUUGAUGUAUUGUAUUCUCGACGGCCGCCGGGCGGGAUAACCAACGGCAAUGAUCUCAUGGCUGCGUAUGCUCAGGCACAAAACAAAUAUUGGCCAAACUCGAUCUCUAAGCUGGGUGCGAUGCUGGUCGAUGUAGGUGAUCGACCCCAGAUUUACCAUCAGAGCCAGCGCAAGUUCUUUAUAGUAUUCGCAUGGCAAGUUGUCCAGGGCUGGCUUUUCAGCAUGGUACCAUUUGGGAAAGGUAGUGGCGAAGAUACAUCUAUUUAG